AUGAGAGGGGAAGGCGUCUGCAGCAAGAUGGAUGUGGGCAGCAAGGAGGUUUUGAUUGAGAGCCCGCCGGACUACUCAGCAGCCCCCCGGGGCCGGUUCAGCAUCCCCUGCUGCCCUGUGAACCUCAAACGCCUCCUCAUCGUCGUCGUGGUGGUAGUCCUUGUGGUCGUGGUGAUUGUAGGGGCCCUGCUAAUGGGUCUUCACAUGAGCCAGAAACACACCGAGAUGGUCCUAGAGAUGAGCAUUGGGGGACCAGAAGCCCAGCAGCGCCUGGCCCUGAGUGAGCGUGUGGGUACCACUGCCACCUUCUCCAUCGGCUCCACUGGCAUUGUAGUGUAUGACUACCAGCGGCUCCUGAUUGCCUAUAAGCCAGCCCCAGGAACCUGUUGCUACAUCAUGAAGAUGGCUCCAGAGAACAUCCCAAGUCUUGAGGCUCUCACCAGAAAGUUCCGGAACUUCCAGGUCAAGCCUGCAGUGUCUACCUCUAAGCUGGGCCAGGAGGAGGUCCGUGAUGCUGGCUCAGCAUCCUCUGUGGACCUGGACUUCCUGGGCACCACUGUGAGCACCCUGUGUGGCGAGGUGCCCCUCUACUACAUCUAG